AUGGCGCCAGUGACCAACGGCAAGAUCAUCUUCAACGAAGUCCCUAUAGGCUUCCCCAAGCCCGGAAAGACGCUCGUCUAUAAGGAAGAGAAGGUAGACAUCGACUCAGUUCCACUCGCGCCCGGAGAUUGGCUUGUGAAGGUGCUCGUUUUGUCUGUAGACCCAUACAUGCGAGAGCGGAUGGCCGAAGGAAGUGCUGAAGACUCUGAACCAGGCAACUUUAACUUCGGUGUCGGCCUCGUCGUACGCUCUGAUAAUCCAUCGUUUAAACCAGGAGACUAUGUUCACGGUGUUAUGGGUAUUGUUAUCGACAGCUCGCACAAGCUCAGCUGGUCCACAUACGUCGGUGCACUGGGAUUGCCAGGCGCCUCAGCUUACUACGGCUGGAAGGAGCAUGCACACGCUAAGCAGGGUGAAGUUGCGUUCGUCAGCUCAGGGGCAGGCGCCGUCGGGUCGGUCGUGGUCCAACUUGCAAAGCGCGAUGGCUUGAAGGUCACCGCCUCGGCUGGAUCGGACGACAAAGUGAAGUACCUGCAAGAAAUUGGCGCUGACGUCGCAUUCAACUACAAGAAGACUGAUACCCUCGAAGUCCUAAAGAAGGAGGGACCUAUUGACGUAUAUUGGGAUAACGUAGGUGGUCCGACGCUUGACGCCGCGCUGCAAACCGCGGCAACUCACGGCCGUAUCAUUGUAUGCGGCAUGAUAUCUCACUACAGCGAAGACGAGCCACACUCCUUUAAGGAUUUGUCGAUGAUCAUGACGAAGACCCUUAGCAUCAACAGCUUCUUCUUUCCGGACUUACACCCCAAGUAUGCGGUUGAGUUUAGCACCACAAUGCCGAAGCUUCUUGCAAACGGUGAAAUCAGCUUCAAAGAGGAUGCGACUCGUGGCCUCCAGAACUCGGCCGAAGCGAUUCUGUCGGUGUACAAGGGUACAAACUUCGGUAAGAAGGUGAUUGUUGUUGCAGACGAGUAAAUGGGUUGUUUCUUUCCGCAAUGUAAAUUAAGG